UAAUAUACUUGAGAGUUUAAAUGAAUAAAAUUUAUAUCAACGUACUUUGUUUUGAAACUGUUGCAAAAGCUUUAGCAACAAACAUUUAAGUUCAUGUAAGAUAUUGUAGAUACCUUCAAGGUCAGUGCUUAGCUGUGUUGAACAGCUCUUCACAUGAGGAACCAGAGGUAGCCUUUCAUAUCUCAAGUCACUUCCUCCUAAUACCAGACAGUGUAUCUUACUCUUACUGGUGUACCGCCUUCCCUUAUUUUUUUUAACGUACUGACCCUCCCACCGAGGCAGAGUGGCCUUAAAAGAAAGUUGUUCCUUUUUUCAUUUAGUAAUUUAUCCAGAUGAAAGGUUACUAGACCCUUCAGGCAUUUAGUCGCCUCUUACGACAGUCAUGGCUUAUGGAAGAAGAAUUCUUUUUCACUUCGCCACGGAGUUUAUAAUAUUAUAUUAGAGAAAUAUUGAAUGUCAGUAUAAAAUAUUUGCCAAAAUUUUGCCUAGUUAAGUGUUUAUAUAAUUACUAUGGAAGAUUUUAAAAUCAGUGUUCAUUAUGUCUAAAAUACUAUUAAAAGAAUGUGUUCAAGAAACACAAAUUAUAGUUGACCCAGAAGAAAAUCUAUAUCAGUAUUCACAGUCUCUAAAACACUCUUCACAAAAAUCUCUGCCUGUCUCUCUGAUCAGAUUUCAUAAAGACAAAAAAGUGCUCGAGUGUUCAGUGUGUCAGAAGGAAUUUUCCCAAAAAUCUCUCUUAGAAUCCCACAUAAGAAUUCAUACUGUAGAGAAACCAUAUCAGUGUUCAGUGUGCUCAAAAAACUUUUCUCGAAAAGACAACUUAACAAUUCACAUGAAAAUUCACACUGGAGACAAAUCAUAUCAGUGUUCAGUGUGUGUAAAAGAGUUUUCCCAAAGUUCUUAUUUAGUUAAGCAUAUGAAAAUUCAUACUGGAGAGAAACCAUAUCAGUGUUCAGUGUGUCUUAAAGACUUUUAUCAAAAAGCUCACUUAAUUAAUCACAUGAGCAUUCACACUGGAGAGAAACCAUAUCAGUGUACAGAAUGUUUGAAAGACUUUUCUCAAAAAUCUGAUUUAACAAGUCACAUGAGAAGUCACACUGGAGAAAAACCAUAUCAGUGUUCAGAGUGCUUAAAAGAUUUUUCUCAAAAAUCUGAUUUAAUAAAGCACAUUAGAAUUCACACUGGGGAGAAACCCUAUCAUUGUUCUGAAUGCCUGAAAGACUUCUCUCUCAAACCUGAUUUAAUAAAACACAUGAGAAGUCAUACUGGAGAGAAACCUUAUCAGUGCUCAGAAUGUCAACAAGGCUUUUCUCAAUAUUCUAAUUUACUAAGACAUAUGAAGACUCAUACUGGGGAGAAACCAUACAAAUGUUCAGAGUGUCUAAAAAGCUUCUCUCAAAAAUAUGGCUUAAUAAAACAUAUGAGAAUUCAUACUAGAGAAAAACCAUAUCGGUGUUCAGUGUGUCUAAAUGAGUUUUCCCAGAAAUCUAGUCUAGUACAACAUAUGGCUGCUCACACUGGAGAGAAACCAUAUCAGUGUUCAGUGUGUCUAAAAGACUUUUCCUUAAAUUCCUAUUUAGCUAAACAUAUGAAAAUUCAUACUGGAGAAAAAUCAUAUCAUUGUAUAUUGUGUUCGAAAGACUUUUUCCAAAAAGUUCAUUUAAUAAAUCACAUGAAGACUCACACUGGAGAGAAACCAUAUCAGUGUUCAGUGUGUCUAAAAGACUUUUAUCAAAAUGCACAUUUAAGUAGUCACAUGAGAAUUCACACUGGAGAGAAGCCAUAUCAUUGUUCAGAGUGCCUAAAAGAUUUUUCCACAAAAUCUACUUUAGUACAUCAUAUGAGAAUUCAUUCUGGCGAUAAAUCAUAGCAUCGUCAAGGAUGACUUAACCUGUAAAUGGUCCAGGCAGAUCUACGUUCACAUGUGUAGUGCUCCAAAAGUAGGAGGGGUGUUAAUGUUGCAGUUUAAAAACUGUAGUGUAAAGCACCCUUCUGGCAAGACAGUGAUGGAGUGAAUGAUGGUGAAAGUUUUUCUUUUUCGGGCCACCCUGCCUUGGUGGGAAUCGGCCAGUGU